AUGUCGGCGACCCAGCCUCUGGCUGAGGAUGAACGCAGUCGACCUGAAGAGCCAUUGGUCGCAUCAUGCACGGCACGCGUGCUGCUUCUGAUUGAUAUCGCCCAGCUGCCUGCCGCGGCGGAAUACGAAACGGGCGCCAACGGAGCAUCUCGGAUCGCGGCUGCUGCCGUUGUCGAUGGCCUACAGCUCAGCGUCCUCCGGGUGCUCUCACAGCUCUGUCUAUCGUGCUCCUCGAACUCGUGGGUGGAGUGGGCUCCGCGAUUCUUCGAUUCCCGGAAAUGCGGAGUUGGGAAAACUCCCGCUGAGCUGAAGGCUAGACUGAGAUCAAGGCAGGCGGCCCAGAGUGUUCGAGGUUUCAGGAGAGUCACCCAGGGUUCGUUUAGGGCUUUCGGGGAUGCCUGCCUUGCAGUGGCCUGUGCGACUCAGGGGGACCCGCUUGCUCGUGACCGGGAGACAGCCUUGAGGCGUUGGGCUCGUGGGCAGAAGAAGCACUCCCCAACUUGGACCCAGCCACACCUUAGCGAGCCAGUGACCGCGGUGGAGAGAACUGCCGCAGCGGUAGGCGACGCGGCAGGCGACGAAGACUUGAAGGAGGAUAUUUCCAAACAAAUGUACGACGGACACGAUAUGUCAAGUCACGAAGUUGUGGUUCGGUCUUUGCUAGAGGUGCUGCAGGAGUUCGACGAUGCAAGCGAGGGCGACCGAACGGCUACCCCCUGCAUCGCUAGAGCUACCGACGACCGGGUCAACCGUAAGCAGCAGCUUAUUGUGCUGCACAGUGCCUUCCCCCACACGGACAACGAUGCUGAGCACUUUGUGCUCGGAGGAAACUUCACGAGUGAAGCAACAACCAUCACCAACGUCGAGCUGCCGGACGAUAGAGCUUCUGCUCUCGACAGUCUCCUCAAUGGGCACCUCGGCAAGGCCAUCCUUCGAGCUCGGUCGCGAGGCGUGUCGUUUCUGUGGCAGGAUGGGGCCCCAAGCAACGCCGUUGGUGGCGGUGGCAACGGGAGGGGGGGGACGAGCCAAGGCCGGUCUAUCGUGCGUCGAUGCUUGUCUGCAGCAGGCAGCUCGGGUAUCCUCCAUUGGGGACAGGUAGUGGGAAGCACAGGUUUGUUGCCCCCGUCUGCAGCGCUGGGACAGCAGCUUGCACCGCGAAGUGCUCGAUACCGGGAUGCGGAAAUCAGGAAGGGCGGUGAUGUGCAAGAGCGAGCGGAUAAGGCUGUCGUGGCUGUUGCUCUCAAUCAGCGUGGAGCCGUCGACUUGCACCUCGUGGCAUCAAAGGUUUCGGGCUCUGCCGACCCACGCGAUUUGUCCAUGCUCUCGGGGGGCGGCGGCGUUGCGAACGCGGCGUUAUCACCUUCAGUUGAUGGCACUGCCUCCAACAUCACCCCUUGGCGGCUGAUGGGAACGAUACCGGUAGACAAAGUUUGGCCUUCGAGUCUGUUGGGGCAAGGGUGGGGAACAACUCGAGUACUAAAAGCGGAAGGUGGGCGGGGUGCACAGCUAUGGCGUUGCUUUCUGGGAGACUUGGUGGCAGGAGAGUUGGCUGGGGUGAUCGCUCUUCCGCGGCGACUGUUUGUGUUCGAUGCGCAGCCGAACAGCGGCGGCCUCGGACGAGCAGAAUGCCUUCCCGAAGCCCUGACCGUGGCCCUGCUGGUACCGAUCAGUGGGGAGUGCGCCGUGUGCUUCAGCGCGAGGGGAGUGGAGCCUACUGUCCCGGGUGGACAGGAGGCCGACUCUGGGCCACGUGCUGUUGACGGGAGAGGCUCUACGGGCUUGACGCACGAGGAGUCGCCUCUAGCAGCCCACGUAUGCAACGGCCAAUUGCAAGCUGAAUCAGCGCUCUUGGGGAGGGGGAAGGAGGUGGGGCUUGCCAUGCAGGAGGCGUCGCUCGCCAGGAAGAGGCGUCGUCGGGCCAAAAGCUUGCCGGGGAAGGGUGCACGUGCAAUGAACAACUCAGGCUCAUCGCUUGCGGGCGUGGGCGUGCAGGGGGCAGGGUCAGGUGGUGGGCGCUCAGCAUCGCUCUCGCAGAGAGACUCCGGUUCGCUUUGCUUCACGGCGGAAGGCGCGAGUGGGGACGGAGCGGCCGCGUACGACGUACCGCAAUGGCGGUUGGAGAUGGCCUCUGUCACUUCUCACGGCUCUGCCAGCCCACGAGGCCUCCGGCUGUUCGACUCGACUCCUGGAGGCGCGGAGGAUGACGAGCAGAUGUCAUUUACGGGGUCGAGCUUGGGGGGACCUAAAAGAGCGCUCUGUCAGGCACUCGAGGACGCCUCAUCUCGUUCCUCUUUGCUCGGUCCCGACCCGGACUCGUCCUCAACGCCGGAAAGCAUGGACGGGAGCGGAUGGAGCGCGGGAACAGCAGCUGAUGCAACGGUCUCGAGACAUCGUGGUCAGAGCGAGAGCGUGUUUCCCGCCGUCGUCAACGCGGGCGAGGUUGAAACAGGCUUGUUGGACUCGGAUGACGGCAGCGCGAGCGAGCUUCCAUUGUCUCUCAUGUCCGAGCCAAUGCUGGCUUCUUUACCCAGAGGAGCGCUUCCCGUGGAGCUUGCUGCUCUGGCGGAGCGAUGCGCGCGCAGUAAUGCAUGCUUGGCGCCGGCAGGAGAGGCCGGGAUGACGAGCACGUCCUCCAGUGGUGGUGCCUGCGUUCGCACGGAUUUAGGCACAUCGAAGUCGCGAAAUCCAAACCCGCCGCAUGUCGGGGCACGCGAACGCUUUGUCGAAGCCGUGCGGGCCUUAGGGCGGAGUAGGCAGGUGGCAGAUUCCUCUACCGCUGUUACAGCAGUGGGAGCUUGUGCAGCGGAGGAAGCUGCCACUGCCUUUGGACUUGACGUGGAAGCGAAGAACCCGCUGGACCAGCACUUUGUUCCUGGCAUGCAAGACAGCGGUUGUCACACGACUCAAUUGGGAGGACAGAGCGGUUCGGUGGAGGGUAGCAGGGUCGACCCUCCGGAAGGAGCAAGUUGCCCUUUCGAGGAUUCCAUCAGGAAGGGGGUUGCGGGGCUCCAGUUGCAGUACCGCGAAGUGGUGGAGGGUGGGCAAAAGUCACCCGUGGACUUCGUCGUGUGCACCGUGCCAGAGGCUCUUCGUGACAUUGCGGACUGCGGCAAAGACGUCAUGAGCACCGGUGACUCCACAGACGAACAGCAUGCGCGAGCAUCACAAGUGUUGGCGGCGAUUGUUAGCGGACUAACUUCAACACCAUCGGAGCUCAGCGCCAAAUAUAGAGGAAAAAGAAGCUCUGGGGCAUCAUUGGAGGGGGGGGGGGGCGGCGCGUCGGCUGCUGCAGCAAAACCUGCCGUUCAAAAGAUCCGCGACUAUCAGCUCCAGGCGCUGUUGCUCUGCCAAGUCAACAGCCUUGCCAUGGACCUUCCCGAGACUCUCGAUUCCCUCGUUGCCUUCUCUUCACUCGCGGCGGGAGAGACGGGCGACCCGACCGAUGACAAGGGUAGAAAGAGCAAGGGCAAAGGAAAGCGGAAAAAGCACAAGCGGAAAGGCGGGCCAAGCACACCAGCACGGCCGUCUGAUCCACUUCCGAACUGCCGGCGGAUGCGGCUCGUGGACUAUCUGCAGCCCAUCUCUACAAUGCUGGAUGCCUGCACGGUGACAAAGCCCCCCCCCGCUCCCGAUGACGGUUGUGGAACGAAGGUCGACGGGGGGGUGGGCAAGGCGAAGGGGUUUGAAUCUCGCGCUUAUGACGGAACGCUUGCGGACUUCAUGGGGCUCGCGCUUGUGGAACACUUUGCAGCACGGUUGCCUCGCACACUGGGGGCGCUCUUCGACGACUUCGAAUGCCACCCGCCGGAUGCGCUCACCGCCGUGUUGACAGGGGCACCACCAAGCGACAGCUGUGUUGAUGCCAGCCGAGCCUUAGCAGAAGGGGACGAGGUUGGGCAGGCAUCCUCGAAGGGGACUGAUGGCGUGCUUGAUGACUCGCACGCUGCCGCCGCUGGCGAGCUGUCAUCAUCGACAGCAGGCGUCCUCAACGGCUUCCGCGAGGUGAAGCUCAAGGGGCCCACCGCACCCCGUGGAGGAUUCCGCCAGAAUGUUUUGGGAAGAGUGUCGGGGAACGACCAGGGCGAGCUUGCCGGGUCGGGACAAGACGGAGAAUGGAGGAGGAGCAACGGCGGGGGUGGAGGUAGACGUGGUGGACGACGGUCACGGGCAACGAGAGACUCCAAUCAAAGAUCAGGACCAAGGGAACACCCACAAUCGCCCUCUACCAAACCUUCACCUACGGUGGGUGUUCGUCACUCUCCCCGGCUUAACCGCAAACGCCCGGGCGCUGACACCGAUGAGAGUUACGUCGUUCGCACGAUAACGGAGACUGCUGCCGCAUCUGUAUAUACUCCAACUCGCAAGCGGCGACCGACAGCCGCGGCCGUGGAAAAUGGCAGCGACAUUGCUCGAACUCGAGGCGGCGUGCUCGUCGGUGAGACUCCUCGCAAACGACCGGGGACUGGUGCCGAUACCGCUCGUUCGUCAAGCCGGCGAGGUGGUCGCGCAGGCCCGACAACAGACCACAACAUCGCUGGCGCGGGGCCCUCGCCGCCUGUCGCCUCGGGAACGGGUCCCCGAAAACAACCGUCGAAGCAAGAGGGAAAGAUCAUCCCCGAAGAGGCGCACAUUCCCUGCAGUCCGGGCUUGCUGAUGGCUUCGCCGGCAGCUGCCCCGACGAAGCGGCGACGGGCCACAGCCUCAGGGCCCGCGAGCCCAACCGAGAGUCUUUUCGUGGCGGAAUCGCCAGGAGCUUCGACGGGCAGUGCGCGCCGAAGCGGGCGGAUAGCAUCGUGGGAUGCGGCCGCUGAUUGGGACGGGGUAUCUCGCCAGCUCAUGGCGGAAAGCGCAAUUAGCCCUAGUGCAAGGCGCAGAGGGGGGGUGGUGCCGGAUACGCCUGCUUAGACCGAUUAUGUAUCUCCUCCCGCGGAAGCUGUACAGAUGUGCAGUAGGAAAAUCGUGCCUGGAUGUCGCCGUCCAGUAAGACUGGUGUUCGGUGUUUGGACUGCUUUGACGACCGGUUGUUUGGCCUGUUGCCUUUCGUGUAUUAAGAAGCAAGCUCGUUCUUCGCGCGCUGUCGGAGGGAUUUUAUGAUACCAUUACCUUUGUACAAUGUUCAGGGGGUCACCUGGCAGCCGAAACGGGUGAUGUUGUCCUACGUGGUUUUUCAGCAGUGGAACGAGGAUCGACCGACCCGCGUUUCUUUUUCCCGGGUGCAUUCUGGUUGGGCUUGUCGUGGACUUGGUGGUUACGGUGCCGGUUGGUGAGCGCAUGUGGGUGUUCCACUCGGCGGUGUGUGAUCAAGCUUUCUUAGAGUACUAUUAUACUGUACCGGUGAAAACCUGAGGGUUUUGUGCCAAGGCCGUUCGACUUUGGCCUAGAAUUGGGAACGACAUUUGACGACAUCCAACGACAACAUAACAAACCUCAAGAACAUCAAAAGCAGCAGUGGGACCUGGUGACCACGCCCUUGCAAAGAUCGUUGCCCGGCCCCGUGCCUCUGCUGACCGGUUUGGAAACAAAAAUUACAGCUGUGGUGUACACAUUGCCGCAAGCCAACUCAACAUCACUGGGAAACCGGGAAACCGGGAAACCACUAAAAUCUAAAUCUAUACACUCGCUGGUAAAUAGGCCGCGACUGUAUUGUUCACGUUUUCAUGCAGAGGAAGUCCGUCACCGCAUGUCACAGGGCUUGUCCCAACGCUCGUUUGUACUGCAUGUAGCCCUGAAUGCCGCUGGUGACCCCUCACUUUAUAUAUACGCCCUCGCACGGCCCUUUUGAACCUUAACCUUGGGGUCAGGUCAACAGCACAUCACAACACGUCAACCUAAACAGGGCGCAGAAAGCGUGCACAACCUAGGGGGCGAUAACCUUCAAGCGGCAACGAAAGAAUCGCAAUUUGUACCCACUUGGAACCUGCACCCCCCUGGUCUCAGGGAUGCAUCUGCAACGAUUUAUAUCGUAGCUUUGAACGCUAUAUCUACUUUGGAAACAUUCUGAAAACGACCCCAAACCGCCGUGCAACGGAAAAAUAUGCACUCAAGUUUGUACGGCGAAGUCGUGUGCUCGAGGCACGGUGUUGACGAAUGACUCAUGGACAUUCUAUCCGAUACCAUCUGCCGAGCUUCUUGUUGCAUCAGCAGCGGUAUCGUCGCCUAUUUCACGAGGUUCGAGAAAGCCAGCAGCUUCCGCAGUUCCUUGAUUGGCCUCUGCAAAGCCGUUGCAAAGCUCAGCCAAGAAUUGGCGCCGGCUUCACGAGUUCCUGCACAAUCAUGCCGGUGACGCCAAUCAUCUACAGGCACAUUGUUUUGGUUCAACAACGAGAGGGCACGAGGGACGUGGGUGAGCGAAUUUGGAAACGAUAUCCAGGAUGAUUGCAGGGUAGGAUCGUCGCCGCGACUGAUCAUGCAGACAGCACCAUACCUUGAGAAAGCCACGGGACGUGUGGAAUGCGUCAUGCGGGUGAUACGUUUUGUGUUCAGAGGCUCCAGGAAGAACUAAGCGCCUGGCACGUUUUCGCCAGCACUCACUUGUUGAGGACAACCCCCGCAUAGCGUGAGCUGAAUGUGACACCUGUUGCCAUCUCACCCAUACAACACAUACACCCCCAAAGGACGUGCGCGUGCACACCCAGACAAGGAUCCAACACUUGCCUGCCUUGAACAAAUACGACGACCAACUACGCACACCACCGACGAAUGCUCAGCUUGGCAUGAAACACCACACAGCUGCCGGUCAUGCUCUUUGUUAAACUCACAGCGAGGCGGCCGUGGUUAAGCUCCUUCGUCUUCAUGACGUUGAGCUCAUCCUCAUCUUCUGGAGCAAGCCCCAAAGGAUCGAAUCCCAGGUCUCCCGGAACGUAAUCUACUCGCAUCCCGCCUUCUCCCGUCACAGGAUCAAGCUCGGCAAACCCGAUGGUUAUUUGGCGGUAUUCCAGCCAAGAAAUUGCGAGCAGGGUGAGCGCCCAAAACUGUUGCAGCAGUCCAAUAUUGUUUUUGGUGCAUGUAAGGCCACGUGCAGCAAGACGACAAGCUAGCGUUGAGAACAGCAAGAAACACCCACGACCCCCACAUGGUGAGGCGUCUGCCGGUUGGGUGUAUGGCGUAUACAUGCACACGCCCGUGGCAGGAGGAAAGGUGCAGAUGUAGCCGUUUCUCUCGUCCACCUUUCGUGAGUCGGCAGUGCAUCGCUCGGGCGCAAAAUUCUGACGUUACCAAUCUACCGUCACCACCGGGCACAAGAGAGGGGCAACCAAGAAUAACCUCAAUCUGGUGGCCCAAGCAACAAUCAAGCCGAGCACGUUUCAAUACUUGGCCACCACGAUUCGUGUUCAUCCGCCAGUUGUCUGCCU